AUGGGUUCGAAGCUCGAUUUGGAGUCAUCGCGCGUGUACCUGACAAACACGUCGGGUACAGACCAGAAAUCUCGGUCUGCUAUGGCGCGUAACAUGGGACGUGUGCUUUUGAGUCUUCUUCUUGCGUGUUUCUUGGUUGCUUUGACCUCUGCUCGCCGAUGCCGCGGCCCACUCACUCUGGACGAAAGAGUGGACAAGAUCCUGUCGGAGACGCCAUUGAUAGACGGCCAUGAUGAUCUACCGAUCUUUAUCCGCGAAGUUUUCCAGAACCACAUCUACAGCGAUGAGUUCAGAAUUCCCUUCACUGAGGGGGGUCUGCUGGGCCAUGUUGAUCUGCCUCGACUCGCUGAGGGCAAAGUGGGCGGUACUUUCUGGAGUGUCUUUGUGGAGUGUCCCAAAAACUGGAGCGAUUUGUCCGAUGCAACCUAUGCCACAAGUGUCCGUCAGACUACCGAACAGGUAGAUGUCAUGUUGCGCCUGCAACAGGCCUAUCCCGAUGUUUUUUCUGCGCCACCCAAUGGCACGACGGCCCUCCAGGCCUUCAAAGAGGGAAAGAUCAUCUCGCCACUGGGAAUGGAAGGCCUUCAUUCCAUCGGAAAUUCUUUGGCCCAUUUGCGAAGCUUCUAUGAUCGCGGCGUAUCAUACGCCACUCUCACCCACAACUGCCACAAUCGCUAUGCUGAUGCGGCGCUUGUCGAGAUCCCCGGUGGUGUCAAGAAAGCAGAUCCUCUCUGGCACGGUGUGAGCGAGGCGGGUAAGGAUCUUGUAUUCGAGAUGAACCGUCUUGGUAUGAUUGUCGACUUGUCCCACGUCAGCGUCAAUACGAUGCGGGACGUCCUAGGAGCCGGCAAGGAUGACUGGGCCGGCAGUCGCGCGCCGGUGAUGUUCAGCCACAGCUCCGCGUACGCCAUCUGCCCUCAUCCCCGCAAUGUGCCAGAUGAUGUUUUGAGUCUGGUCAAGGCACGGAACUCUAUUGUGAUGGUCAACUUUUCCCCCGACUUUGUCUCAUGCACUGUUUCUGACAACCCGAACGGCUUGCCCGAGUUUGACCCUGAGCAUGCUACUCUCGAGCAUGUGGUUGAACACAUCAUGCAUAUUGGGAACCUUAUCGGAUUCGAUCAUGUCGGACUGGGGAGCGAUUUCGACGGUAUUCCCACUGUUCCGCGCGGUCUCGAGGAUGUAUCUAAAUAUCCGGAUUUGAUUGUCGAGCUUUUGAGACGAGGAGUCAGUGACGAGGACGCGGCCAAGGUUGCUGGAGGAAACCUACUGCGGGUGUGGAAGGAAGUUGACCAGGUUGCGCGACAGAUGCAGGCUGCGGGGGCACUUCCAGUUGAAGAUGAGCUGUAA